AAUUUAGCCGCAAGGCUAAUUUAAUUAACAACUUUUACUUAUUUGAACAAUAAAGUAAAUAUGAUACAAGCAAUAAAUUUAUAAUCUUUGCUUUACUCUGGGCAAUAAAAGUAUUACCCUUGUUAAUUAAAUAAAAAUGUAAUAUAAAACUGAUGAUUAUAAAUUCAUAAAAAUAUACAUUAUUCUUGCUUCUUUAGCUCUUCAACAUAAGAAAGAAUACGUUAUUGGCCAACCUCAAUGGUGUAACAAUUUCUUUUGCAGUCCAGUGUUCGGUUUUGAGUAGCUGGGAUUGCAGAAGCCACUUGGUCAAUGCACCCACCAAAACACUUGCCAGAAGUCAGCGAAUUUCGGCUUCGGCUGGGUCAGCAAAUUGACCGGGCAAAGAUAGUUCCCAGCCCAUCCAGUUGUGGAACCCAACGAAAGUCAGUCAGUUGUGUUUUCACGAUGACGGCGUUGAACACGUUUGUGGCAAUGUGGCGGUUUCUGCUGACCAUCGGUCCCUCGGCCAUGGUCAUCCUGCUCCUAAACAAGGGAAUCCUCGAGGAACGACCGGAUAUUGUGGAUGAACCGCAUCGCGUUCGUUCGAUUCACAUCGGGGAUCUCCGCAAAUCGUACGAUUUCAUUGUGAUUGGCGGUGGUUCAGCGGGUUGUGUUCUCGCCGCUCGUCUCUCGGAGAAUCCCGAGUGGAAUGUCCUCCUCCUGGAGGCUGGCGGGGAUGAGCCCCUGCUCUUCGAUCUGCCGCAGUUGUAUCCCGUGUUCCAGCGGAGUCCCUGGGACUGGAAGUACCUCACCGAACCCUCGGAUCGCUACUGUUUGGCGAUGGAGGAUCAGCGCUGCUUUUGGCCAAGGGGAAAAGUCCUUGGGGGUUGCAGUUCCAUCAAUGCCAUGAUGUACAUUCGUGGCAAUCGAAGGGACUACGAUCACUGGUCGGAGUUGGGCAAUCCGGGUUGGAAUUACGCAAACAUAUUGCACUACUUUCGCAAGGCGGAGGACAUGAGGGUUCCCGGAUUCGAACGGAGUCCUUUUCAUGGACACGGUGGUCCCAUCUCAGUGGAGAGAUAUAGAUUUCCCUCACCGCUUUUAAACAUUUUCAUGAGGGCUGCUCAAGAACUGGGAAUGAUCAACGCCGAAGGAGACUUUAAUGGUCGAUCGCAGACAGGAUUUGCUCCUCCACAUGGAACCCUGCGAGAUGGACUCCGUUGCAGUGCCAAUAAGGGAUACCUUCGAAGGAGUUGGCAACGACCCAAUUUGGAUAUCAUCCUCAAGGCUUUCGUGGAGCGAAUCAUCAUCGAACCGCAAUCCCAUCGAGCCAUUGGCGUGGUUUUUGAGUUUGGUCUUGUCAAGCAUUCGGUUUAUGCCAGCAAGGAGGUGAUCCUUUCAGCCGGAUCCCUGGCAAGUCCGCAGCUCCUGAUGGUCAGUGGAGUGGGUCCGCGGGAGCAGUUGGAACCACUAGGCAUUCCGGUGGUGCAACACCUACCCGGAGUGGGUGGCAAUCUGCAGGAUCACAUCUCCACCUCGGGUGCGAUUUACACCUUCGACAGUCAUCAGAAUCGACAUCUAUCGUUUAUUGUGCCCGAAAUGAUGAACGAACAGGCGGUGGAUGAUUUUGUCCAGGGACUGGAUAGCUUCUUCUAUGCGAUGCCCGUGAGCGAAGUGAUGGGUUUCUUCAGCACUAAGUACCAGGAUCCCCGACUGGAUUGGCCGGAUGUGCAGCUCUUCUUGGGCAGCUAUGGUUACGGAGCGGAUGGUGGGAUGAUCGGACGAAGGGGAGCCGCCAUCACAUUGGACAAUUAUGCCGAGUCCUUUGAGCCGGUGAUCUACCAGGAUUCCUUCGUGAUUGCUCCUCUGCUGAUGCGUCCUCGUUCCAGGGGAUUCCUCAAACUCCGUUCCGCUGAUCCCAAGGUUCAUCCUCUGAUUCACGCCAACUACUACGACGAUCCACAUGACAUGGCCGUGAUGGUCGAGGGCUUGAAGAUGGCCCAUCGAUUGAGCCAAACCCCUGUUAUGCAAUCUCUGAAUGCCACCAUGAACAUCUACGAGUGGCGAAAUUGCCCGGAGGUGGAGUACCUGAGUGAUGCCUUUUGGGAGUGCUUGGCCAGGUUCUAUUCGCAGACGAUCUACCAUCCGGUGGGCACCUGCAAGAUGGCUCCCGCUUCCGAUCCCGCUGGGGUUGUGGAUCCCCGGCUGAGGGUGAGGGGCAUGCGGGGUCUAAGGGUCAUCGAUGCCAGCAUUAUGCCCACCAUUCCCACGGGAAACACGAAUGCUCCCACUUUUAUGGUGGCCGAAAGGGGCGCGGAUAUGAUCAAGGAGGAUUGGCGGCACUACAGAGAUGGUGGGUGGGGUUAGGUGAUGAUAUAGUACUCCCCUCGUACUAAAAUAAUACACCCUUUGUACCAUAACUUAACAGCAAUAAAGAAAUUUUUGCAAACAGAACAAAUGGUGUUUA